CAAACUACAGCAUGACGAUGGUACAUGCCACGUCAACAUUCGCCAUAAAGCUCCUGGAACCAGUAACCAGUGCCAUUAUUCAGCGUCUGGCUUUAGGAACACCUGUACCACCCUCCGUCUAUAUUACUCUUCCUAUCAUCAUAGGUGGUGCUGUUGGUUUCUGUGGAAAUUCCUUUAACACGCCCUUGACAGCAGCUGGUAUUGCCGUGGCCUUCACGUCCAACCUAAUCCUGGCCUUCAGAAACGUGGCUAUCAAACUGGAACAGAAGGGUACCUCCACUUCAAACAUCCAGCUGAGACCAAAGAGAGUUGUCUCCAGCAUUGCAGGUGUUUGUGUUGCCCUGGCUAUUGGCACUUACUACCUUACUUCACAAAAACUUCUGUCAACCUUGUCCUUAUUCCUGGUUAACACAGGACUGUGCUCCAGCGUCUUCCACGUCAUCUACUCCUACAUCUCCACCAACGUCGUGCUUCUCUACAUGUCUGUAGUCAGUCACUCUGUCGCCAACAUCUUUAAGAGGGUCCUCGUUGUGCUGAUGCUUUACUCAGCAGGACAAAGGGAGGCAACGCUUGCUAACUGCAUCGGACUUGGCAUCUGUACCUUUGGUUUAACCAUGUACGUCUUGGACAAAAAAGAAAACGCCUUGUCCUCCAUUAUCAGUCUACCAUCGAAAUUCGUUGGAAGACGUUUAUUGGGACUUUCCUUUCUCUGUUUCUGUGCUAUCAUUAUGAGAUCCUUCGGCGGCAGAAACAACAGCAACAUCCAUGAUGUAUAUCGUUAUUUAUUACCAGGGAGUAUUUCCAAAUGCAGUGAGUUCUUCGGGAAAUCAUUUGAAGGAAAUGCAUUUUCGAAGUAUAUCCCGGACCUUUCCACAAACACGCCCAGGGUAGGAGAAAUUCUCCAAAGAAAACUAAUCCUGACUCCAGAAGAAACGGAUACACUUUCUCCAAGUCUGACAUCGUCCAUUGCCGUCAUAAGGGAGGCGCAGAGAAUUCAUUUCAACCUGUUUUCUGAUAUACUUUCUCCUUACAAGUAUGCAAUACUAUUGGACAUUGCUGCUUUUGAAAACAAAGGUGACCCGGCUAUAACAGCGGGCGAGGUGUAUCUCUUGAGACGCCUGGGUAUACAACUUCUGUAUUACUGUAACUUUUAUGCUUGUACCAACAAGAACCUUGACUUUGCCAAGAACCAGACUUCUGGCCAUUCCCGCAAUGACAUUGUUGUGUUAAUUCACGGAGGUGGGAACCUCGUGGGGUAUUCUCAAAAUGAUAAACUACGCGAACGAAUAUUCCAAAGGUUUUCAAACUUUAAGAUGGUAUUGUUUCCCCAGAGCAUAUUUCUGAAAAAACAUUCCGAAAAACAUCUUGAAUUUUGUAAGAAAUUGUACACAAAUCAAGGGAACUUCACCAUGAUACUUAGAGACAGGCAAUCUUUGGUAUACGCAAAAACUUACUUCAAAGGUAAACCCACACUAAUGAUGGCUCCAGAUAUGGCUUUUCAGAUUGGUGCUGUUCCAAGGUUUAUCUCCCCUUCUUUUGAUAUUUUGUGGUUGAAGCGUUCAGACGAUGAGACUCCUGGAUAUAAAUUGCCAAAACUUCCGCCAGGGAUUACAGUACACUGUUCAGAUUGGUGGAGUUGGAAAACACCAAAAGGAAAUACAACAAUGGAAACUGCUUUCCUGAUGGCCAAUAAUGGUUUGAUAUUUCUCCAGCGAGGUCGUGUUGUCAUUACAGACAGAUUACAUGGACAUAUCCUCAGCACUUUACUGGACAUUCCUCACGUGUUGAUUGACAACUCAUACCGGAAGUUAUCUUCAUACCACAACACCUGGACACGUGGUCUGGCGAACACAGUCAUUGCUGACAACGCCUCACACGCCCUGGACCUAGCUGUGGAAUUGUUGCAGAAAUAUGGUGACGCUCUGCCUCCUAUUGCUUCAUACAUGGAUGUGGUCGAGAAAAGCACAUCUGAAUCAUAAGCUAUCCUACAUUGUAUUCGUGGGACACAGCAGAUUUAGCGCGAAAGAGUAUUAGCCAUGGACAGUCAUUCUGCUUUUUCAGCUUCCUAUUAAAACAUAUGUUUCCAGUUUUGAGAUGUAAAGAAUCCCUUGCAGCUCACGAGUGCCUCAUUUGAUUUCUCACACGUCAAACACGUCCUUACUAUCAAAUAUCCUAUUUGUGGUGGCAGGUCUCGUUAUCGUUGCUAUUGAUGAAUUAAUUGUUCUGGUGAUUUUCACCUGCACCUAGAGCAGGAAUGAAAGACUUUUGCGCACUUUUUGGUUGAGAUAAUUAUCAGCAUUCUCUGAGUGAGAAUGAAUGAACAUUGUUUAACACCGAAUCAGCAAUGUGGCAGCUAUUCGCGGAGAGCAUUCUCUGAGAGAAAUCAGCUGAAGGCAUGGUGCAAAUCCAGCUAGGGUCCAUGCAGGAAGCAAAUGUACUGUAAGUCUUCAUGGUCCCUAGGAUGGUGAUCUACCUUGUUGGCGAUCUACAGCUUGUUUUGUUUAUGUUGUAUUGCCAUUUAUAGUUAAGAUGUUUUAGGUUUUCGUACUAGUUUUAUAUUUAUAACUUGAUAUUCUAGUUAUUUUACUGUCCAAUUUGUUUUUAUUCAUUUAUAAAUUUACAACUUUCCUAGUCACGAUAUUGCUGAAAUACUGCUGAUGUGAAUUUGCUUGAACAUGCUUUAGGAGAAUGUGUACACUUUACAGGAAGGGAUUCUGACUCGUCAGUCUGCACAAGAAAACCCUGAUUCCAAGAAUACUUCAAAUUUAAUUCUGGAAACCCCAAAGUCCAGAAACUCUCCGCACUGUGGCCAAUUUCUGACAAAGGAUUUGACGAAAUUUAACAUGCAGUUGUCAUGAAUAUACGCUAAGGAUGAAAAAAUGGCAACAUUUUAUUUAGGCGAGAAUGUUUAGUUUCGCUCAGAAUUCAUAUUUUGGAGGGUGCAAAUUAAUGAAAGUAUGCUUACAAGUAUCGUGACAAAUGAUUUAAAUAAUUUUGACUUAUUCGGCUUAUUUAGAGCGAUAUAAAUAUAUCUUGCCCGUGGGCGAGACUAUUGUGAUGGCUACAACGAAUAUUUAAAUAAUAGAACACAUUUGUAAUUUGUAAGAGUCAAUGUCAACAACGUCGCCUGUCAGAACGAUCUUGUUUACCUUUUCAAGUGUUUUAUAACUGACGUAACUAUUUGACAUUUCCUCGCCCUAAUCGUCCAGUUACGAAAUUUAACUAUCAGAUAUGGAUUAAUCUCACCCUGUCCUUUGACAAACUGAUUAUAAUCCCUUGACGCUUGUUAAUUGUUAUCCAUUCUUUUAUGAAUUGGUGAUCAGGGCCGAGCUACGUGUUUCGGUGACGCCCGCCAUUUUAACUUUGUGACAGCCAGCCUAUGCCGCAAUGGGGUUACCUUUCUUUUGACUCAGAUUAGUGUUUUGCAUUAUACAGUUUAUGUAAUCUUGUGAAUUACGUACAGAGGACCCCAGAAUUGUAUUUGAUGAUAUGUCAAGUCGUGUUUCAAAACCGAUGUUAAUUCUGACAACGGGAACUGUGUGAUUCUCCCUGCUGUAUUCAUACGCGACGUUCAGCAUCAUUAUUUAUGAACUUUUGUUUUAGUCUAUAGGUCAGUCUCAAACCAAGGGCAAUAAUCAAGUCCAAAAGUUCCCCUUGUCCUUACAUAUACUUGGCGUCAUUAAUAAAGGGUCAAAUGGUAAAUUCAAAGAAAGAAACGUCACCUCGCUUUUUUAACAUGUUACA